AUGCGUUCCACUCAAGCCCUUAUUGUGGGCACGACUUCCGCGAGGCAGAGAGCCCCUACAUAUAGUCUUGAAGCGACAAGCUUCAAUACGAGAGUUUGGAGGUGGCCUCGCCCAGGAAACAUAGGUAGUCCUUGUGUCCAAGGUAGGUCCAGCUUGAAACCUUGGUCGAGUAUGGCAGUGACGCCGGCCGAGAUCACGAGGGCGAUAGGAGGAGCGAGCCCCUGGAAGGCGCCAGGGGAGGACCUGCUCCCGAUAGACCUUCUGAAGGCGUGCGGAGCACCGUUAGCUGAAGUGCUGGCCGUUCUGGCGACAAGGUGCCUGGAGCUAGGAUGGUUCCCCAACCGUUUUAAGAGGGCGAAGACUGUAGUACUGCCGAAACCAGGAAAGGCUCCGCCGGUGUAUCAGACCCCGGGGGGAUACAGGCCCAUUGCUCUGCUACCAACCCUGGGGAAAUUAAUAGAGUCGGUGGUCGCCACGAAGGUCACCCUAGCGGCAGAGGCCAACGGCCUGCUCCCAGACGAACAAAUGGGAAACAGGGCACACCGCUCCACGGAACUAGCUGUCCGGCUAGUGGUAGCCCAGGUCCAGGAGGCGUGGAGACAGAAGGGUGCGGCGUCUCUAUUGCAACUGGACAUUUUAGGAGCCUUUGACACGGUCAACCAUACCCGACUGCUAGCAACUCUGCGGGAAAUGGGCUACCCGAGGUGGCUGGUCCUCUGGAUAAGAGACUGGUUGACCGGCCGAGAGGCCACCCUCCUUUUCGACGGCAAGGCAGCGACCCCAACGGCGAUUCGGGCAGGGGUCCCCCAGGGCUCCCCCCUUUCACCGGUCCUUUUCAUUCUCUACAUUGCCUCUCUAUACAAGCAGCUGAAGGACAAACAUCCCCACUUGGCUAUCGUGGGAAGGGUCUGCCAGAUUCCUGGGAGUCUGGCUGGACUGGAAACUCAACUGGAAAGCUCACCUGGUGGCGGUGGAAAGGAAGCUGAGGACCCAGAGCUACGCCCUGUCGAGGAUCGUGGCAAAGACGUGGGGAAUGGGGCUAGCCAAAGCACGAGAAGUAUACACAAAGUGCAUCCGGUCGGCGCUGGCCUAUGGCGCAUCAUCGUUUCACAUCCCCACGGAUGUGGGAGGCGAGCCGGUAAAGAAAGGCAUCACCAAGGCCCUCGGGAAGGCCCAGAACAAGAGCUUGCGGUCCGUAACCUCGAGACAGAGACGUGGGUCCCACCAUUGGACUUGUACCUAAACAAACGGCUUGCCGAUUUCGAAAAUCGACUCCAACAACCUGAUCUGGACGAUGGUCAAGGCGGCAAGAAGACGGCGGGGAACGUUGUCCUCACCGCCUGCCGCAAGAUACAGCAAAGACUUAGCUCGACGAGGGGCAACAGGGGCCGACCGCGAACCUUGGGACCUCAAGGGCCUACGGCGGUAGAGAGAGCCGCGGCCACCAUUAUGCGCUGGACGGGGGGAACCGUUGAUACGAACAGGGUAGUAGAAGAGGCUUGGAAAGCCAGGUGGUUAAAGGAACGGGACGGCAGGGCAUUCACCAGGUCGGCGGACGACUUUGACCAUCAGCAGGAGACGCUAUUCCGGAACGAAACCCUAAGGAGGCACGACGGUCUCAGCAAGGCAAAGAGCUCACUGCUGACUCAAAUCCGGACGGGAGCGAUAGGCUUACGGGACUUCUUGUUUACACGGGAAGUCCCGGAGGUUCUGACUCCUGCCUGCGAGUGUGGCGAGGGACGAGAGACUGCCGAACACCUGGUAGUGUGGUGUUUGGCCCCACCGUUGACUAGAAGAUGGGAGAGAACUGGAAUUCGGACACGACGGGACUUUUACUCUGUUCUACACGGCAUCAAUCCCACGACUGCACGGCUCGCGAGGAGAGUUCUCGACUGGCUGAUGGACUCGGGGAAGCUGCCGAUGUACAACUUAGCCAGGGCUGCCGAUGUACAACUUAGCCAGGAGGCUCGAGCUGGAAGCGGCGGCCUGAAGCGCCCCCGUUCGGAGGCCAGGAGGCCUCCUCUCUUUGUAUAUGUAGGCCCACUAAAACGCAUCGCUCCUUGA